UACCAGUUUUUAUAUCAAUACUUUCGAUUUUGUUUAAAAGCCAGCGAAAUAUUUGAUAAUCAUUCGGGAUUACAUUUUGAUGCAAUCCAUUCUAUUAAGCGUGAUUUGACUUUGAUCGUUGUUUAUCGAACGAUUAUUAUCCGCCAAUGACAAAGAUCUAUCUUCAUUUGACCAAUCAAUUUCUACAGUGAUUUCUCUCUAUCCACGCCCGUUAUAAGUCUGAACUAUUUUCUUAACAUUUUUCGCGUAUAUCACCAUUUUUCAGCACAUUCCAAGUGGCAGGUGGAAGGGUUGGUUGUACCGAUAUUCCAGAAAUGAUUUGCGACGGGAACAAAGAAUUUAAGAUUUACGAGUGAUACAUACAUAUGUUUUUUCUUCAUUGAACAUACAAUAAAGUUCAAAAGAUGGGGUUGAUGUCAAUAUUGAAGCAAUCCACAAUAAUUCACCUGAUGUUUGCUAUAUCAUUUUUCACAUCAGGAUUGAUAAUCAAUUACUUCCAGUGUCUUUUGUACAUUUGCCUUAGGCCUUUUUCCAAAUAUUUUUAUCGGAAAAUUAACUAUUAUCUCUGCUAUUCUUUUUAUACCCAGUUGGUUUGUUUGACAGAAUGGUGGUCCGGAUUAGAGUUAAUAUUGUACACAGAUAAAAAUGACUUUGAUAAAUACUUUGGGCAUGAACAUGGGCUUGUAUUAAUGAACCACACCUAUGAAAUAGACUGGCUCGUUGGGUGGGUUUUAUGCGAACGAAUUAAAGUACUUGGUAAUUGCAAAGCAUAUGCAAAGAAGGCGAUACAAUAUAUUCCAACAUUGGGUUGGGCAUGGAAAUUUGCUGAAAGUAUAUUCUUGGAAAGAAACUGGGCAAAAGAUAAAGAAAUAAUUAGUAGCCAAAUUACGGAACUUGCAAACUAUCCAGACAGUAUAUGGUUACUUUUAAAUGCUGAGGGGACACGUUUUACGACACGAAAACUAGAAGCUAGUCAAAAGUUUGCCCAAGAAAAGGGUCUUCCAAUAUUAAAAUACCAUUUAACUCCACGAACAAAAGGUUUUACGGCAAGUAUACCGCACAUGCGAGGUAAAAUUCCAGCAAUUUACGAUGUACAAGUACAGUUUAAGCAGAGCGACCCAGUGAAACCAACAAUGACCAAUUUGUUAUUGGGAAAACGAGUUGUGUGUCACAUGCACAUACAAAGAAUUCCAUUAGAGGAUGUGCCAGAAGAUGAUGAAGCUGCAACCGAAUGGUUGUAUAAAGUUUAUCAAAAAAAGGAUCGUUUGGCAGAGAGUUUUAUUCAGACAGGUGAUUUCUUUGCAACCAGUGGUGUACCCAAAACAGAUUGUUUGCAACUUCCCAGGAGACAUUAUAGCCUUUUAAAUACGAUAUUUUGGGGAGUCGUAGUUUUAGUACCAAUGCUUUAUUAUUUAAUUAUUCUUUUCUUAUCUGGAUCAACCAUAUAUCUUUCUAUUGGUGUGGGUAUACUUCUCCUGUUCUAUUUACUCAUGCACAAAACGAUAGGAAUGUCUGAAAUAAGUAAAAGUUCUUCUUACGGAGCUGAUGAUAGUAAAUCAAAGUGAAACAGAAGAGGAGAAAAUAAUAAAUGGAAUACAUCAUGAAAAAAUUGAUACUUUUUUAGAGACUAUUGCUAAAUGAGUAUUAUCGGAUUAUCUUCUCCGCGUAAUGUGUUCCACGUGAUGGUCUCUGUACAAAAUCACUUUACGUGACAUGUUUAUAAUGGCUUGCGAAAGUAUUUGAUUUGUACACUGUUAAUGGUACCUUUUUUCAUCUUGUUAAAUAUAUGCAACUGUAUAUUUGAAUUGUUUGCUUCAAUAGUUAUAAUAAUAUUGGGUUAGUUAUUUG